AUGUUUUGUUGGAUUAGAUUGGAAUACAUGUUCAACAGUGAUAAUAUUAAUGUAUCGGAUGUCGAUGACCACAAUUGGCAGGAUUUUCAGAAGCUGACUAAUGAAGUUCUGCAUUCCAACUAUCCAGAAGCAUUAUUCAAUGACUGUGGUGCUCGAAAACAUCUCAUUCAUUUCUCAAAGAUAGUUAAGGUAAAGGGAAACGUUAUAGCAGGUGCAAAGGCAUAUUCUGUUACUUCAUUGUCUGGUGUGAAGAACUCGACAUCGAAUAUUGUUCCGCUUGCUACCUAUAUAGAGACAAUUGUAGUUGACAAUCGCUACAGAGAUAAAGGGAUAGGAACUUAUCUUAUAGAACUGAUCGAACAAGAAAGUCAGAACUGCUUCACUCCAAAAAUAAUAUUACAUACACCUAAGAACAACACGAAAGUCAUAAAAUGGUACUUAAUGAAAGGUUAUAGAAUACAAAAUACUGUAGAAGGUUAUUAUAGCGCUACAGAGUUGGAUUCUAAAUACUCGCCUGACGCUUUCCUCUUGGAGAAGGAUCUUUAA